AUAAACUCUCAUCUUGUUUGUCCUUUUUUUAAAACUUUUACUCGACAAACAAAACGUGUUAUUUGCUGUAACUAUAUUUGUUACUCUUGCUGAAGACGACCGUUAUUUUGUCCGUAUAAAUGGCGAUGUUUUCCUUUUGUUCGCCAGAACUUAAUAUAGAUUUAAAGUUUCGUGAAGCCUCCUCUGACCUACUCAACGAUUUUCUUGUUAACCUCAACAACAGAAACAAAGACAACCUCAACAGUUUAUCAAAAUAUAGCGGAGAGUUCAAGAACCAAAGACUAAUGGAAUUCAUCUUCCUGAUAACUCAAGAACUUAAACUCGACCCACUGGCUGGAUACCACGCCGUCGAAUUGCUUCAGAGGUUCAUGGUGAGGUAUCUCACAGAUUUGUUGAGCACACCCAGCCCUGCAGGUGCAGAUGAUGCUGAACCAGGAAGUUGUGAGGACGCUGUGUUGGACAAGCUGAAGGACAAAUUCCACCUCAUCGCCUUCUCCUGCGUGCAGCUUGCAAGCAAACUGUUGUUGCACAGCCACAUAAUCAACAACAAUACAGCCGUGGGCUUUCUGCAUUCAGUCGGUCACACUGUGUCCAAGCAGUCUCUCCUGGAGUCAGAGCUGAUGGUCCUUAAAGGGCUCGAGUUCAGCCUGAACGCUCUCAACCCGCUGACAUACGUGGAAAUCCUUCUGGAGGUGCUUGGACAUAAUGAGCCUUCCAUCUCUGUGGAGCGCCUCCACCCGCUGUGCCGCAACGUCCUCCAGUUUGUCAGCCUGCAGAGAUCUGAAGUCUACCACUCUUUGUUAGUGACGACCAUUCGGUGUGCCAGCCCCACCCCGGAACAAAGAGAGAAGUUUGUGGCGGUGACUGAGGACUACAUGCUUCUGGGUGUCUCUGUCAUCGCCGUGGCUACAUUCAUCCUCCAUGUCACAAACUGGCAACAGGUCGUUGGAGAACUGAGCCACAUCACAGGAAUCUCAACAAGGAGCAUCAUUGAUUUCACUCAUGUGGCUUUGACACACAUCGUUAAAACCAGCUCCUCUGCAACAACAGUUUGAGUCUAGAUCACACUUCACUUUGUUCUCUCUCUCUCUCUCUCUCUCUCUCUCACACACACACACACACACACACACACACACACACACACACACACACACACACACACACACACACACACACACACACACACACACACACACACACACACACACACACACACACACACACACACACACACACACACACACACACACACACACACACACACACACACACACACACACACACACACACACACACACACACACGAGAUUCAACAGGUCUUCAGUCUGAUAUAAAGAUGUUGCAGCAGUUUGGUUGAUGUUUAUUUGUGGUAAUGGCAAGAAUUCUUUGUGUUAUCUGAAAAAUUACAAAAAGAAUGGGAUGAUAUGGUUACCAG